UGAAGCAAUCUCAUAAGGCAAUAUGUGCGUCCAUUGCAUCUCGGAUCUACGUAAUUGGCCGAUUUUUAGUUCACUGGAGCCGGAUUUCAUUUCGCAGAUUCACAUGGUUUUAGUAUACGGUGAAACGGGUAGGGAGACCUUGAUGGUGAUGAGGAAUAAAAUGGUGUACGCCAUGGGUAGCAACUUAGAUGGUUGUUUAGGAACAGGGGACACAAACUCCACAUUGUAUCCGAGGAAGGUGGAAGCCCUUUGCAAGAAGGAUGUGAAGACAUUUGCUUAUGGCAACGGGCCUCACGUUCUCGCACUUACGAAGGAAGGAGAAGUAUAUUCGUGGGGUCGCAACAAUUAUGGCGAACUGGGACACGGAACGUGUAAUUCAGUUCUCAUGCCUACUUUAGUGCCCACUCUAGGAAAUUCUGUGAGUCUUACGCGCAUCGUGGACAUUACGUGUGGGAGUCACCAUUCUGUUGCUUUGACCGAGUUUGGCGAGGUAUAUGUUUGGGGAUUAAAUAAUUUCGGGCAAGUCGGUAACGAUGACAAUAUAAAUCAAAGCACACCUAGGCAAGUGGACUUCAGCUUAGCUAGGAAGAAGGUUGUCUGCAUUUCUUGCGGUGAUACCUUUACCAUAGCGGUCGUCGAAAAUGGCGAGGUAUUUGCUUGGGGCAGUAACUGUGUUGGCCAGCUGGGUGUAGGUGAUGACGAAGAUCGAACGACGCCGUGCCUGCUUGAUUUACUGAAAGGCAUUGUAAUAGUCAAAGUGGCUUGCGGAUUCGAGCACACGCUAGCGCUUACGGAUGAAGGGAGCCUCUUUUCUUGGGGUGGAAACAAUUAUGGUCAAUUGGGCCUCAAUGACAAAGUGUGCUCCUAUGAACCAAUCAUGGUUGAGCAUAAAAUGGGAAAGGUAUCCGACAUCGCGGCUGUACAUUGCAAACACAUAAGCAUCGCCAUCGGCGAGGAAGGAUGUGUCUACAUAUGGGGUGACUGCCGUGGUCAGAGCAUCGCAAUUCCAACUGUCACUACGUUUUCGAACAUGUAUGACGCUCUUGCGUGCUACGGAUUGCCGAGCGUUAUGCACAAACCCCUAAUUCUUUACAAUAACGAAGAGCCGAGCGUAUUGGAAUGCCUGGGAAAUUCAUUCGAUGACGAACAUACAAGUGAUCUUACAAUACAAGUGGAAGGCCAAAGUAUUUUUGUGCAUAAGGCUAUUUUGAAGAUCCGCUGUUUGUAUUUUAAAAACAUGUUUCAGCAUGAUUGGGCGGAAAACAAUCAAAGUGUUAUUGAGUUUGAUCAAUUUUCCUACGUCAUUUACAAAGCCUUCCUAAAAUACUUAUACACUGGCAUAAUCAAUUUACCUACGGAGAAGGCGAUAGAACUAAUGAACCUGGCUGAUGUUUUCUGCGAGAGCAACCUCAAGAAGUACUGCGUUCGGAUAAUAAAGCAGGGAAUUAGCGUGUCGAACGUUGCCUACUUGUACAGCGUUGCAGUUCAAUACAAUGAGGAGGAACUGGAAGAAUUUUGUAUUAGGUUCGCUAUUAAUCAUAUGACGGCUGUGACACAGACGAAAAGUUUCGCAGAUUUGGAUGAAAAUACGCUAAAAACUUUUAUAAUUAAGAUAGGCAAGUCUGGUGUAUUUAAAAUGUAAUAUUAAGUCUAUCUGCCUUAAA